AUGUUCAGCCAGCCGGCGCUCGCCGGCAGCGCGUUCGCGGGCUUCUCGGACGAGCUGGUGGCGUACUUCACGCUCUUCUGCGAGCCGGCGGAGCUGCUGCGCCUCUCGGAGGUGAACUCCGUGUUCUACGUGUUCUGCCAGGAGGACCCGCUCUGGAUGGGCCAGUGUCUGCGGCUGCACAACGGCGACUUCUCCUUCCACCGCAACUGGAAGCUCACGACCUUCUACCCGAGGGACCCGCGGCCGCUGCAGCAGCUGGAGCAGGCCUUCCGCCCCGUGGCCGUGCGAGGCUUCGGCUCGGACUUUCUGUACCGACGCUGGUGCCGCUGCCACAUGGAGCUUGGCGACGCCUACUUACUGCCCAGUGAGGAGCAGGACCCCACGAUCCGCCGACUGCAGAAGUUCGACGUCAAAGACUUGACCUUCCGGGACUUCUACGAGCAAUACUCGGGGGUGCCGUUCAUCAUCCGCAACGCUAUUGGCAAGUGGAAGGCGUCUACGGAUUGGACAGUGGAGAAGCUGGUGGAGAAAUAUCCGAGUGAUGUAAAGCACCGUAUCACGCACAACCUGGACGUCAUGUCAACCAGCCCGACCAUGGAAAUGAGCUUCGCCGACUACUUCCAGUACGCGGCCAACCAGCACGACGAAACGCCGUUGUACAUCUUUGAUGCGCGAUUUGGGGAGAAGAUGCCUGCGAUGCUGGAAGACUACGAUGUUGAAGACCUGAAGGUGUUCAAGGAAGACUUUCUCAGUGUGAUUGAAACUCCGGAGGAGGAGGAGGGUAACAAGGUGCCGACCAAGAGUGUGAAGCUGGCCGCUGGCGGCAAGAAGAUACGGAAGGACAAGAAGAAGAAGCGUGCUCCGGGGUCUAUUCGACCCGACUUCCGCUGGAUCGUCAUCGGGCCUCAGCGCACAGGUGCUCCGUGGCACCAGGACCCGGCGAGGACAUCUGCUUGGAACUCACUUGUCAAGGGACGCAAGCGAUGGGCCAUUUACCCUCCGGACUCGCCUCCGCCGGGUGUGAACGUCGGUAAAAAUGGCGAGUAUCGCGAUAGUGGUUUGGAUAUGCCAUCGCUUAUGUGGUACUUGCACGUGUAUCCUACGCUCACUCCGGACCAAAAGCCCCUCGAGAUCAUCCAAGAAGAGGGAGAAACGAUCUACGUUCCCAAUGGAUGGUGGCACCUUGUUCUGAAUUUGGACCUCACCAUCGCGGUCACUCAGAAUUUUGUGGACUCACACAACGCACUCAUGUUUAUGAAGGACUUGCUCAACGACGGGCAAGAUGAAGCGCUGUCGAUAUUCCAGCAUGAAAUGCGAGCUACGCGACCAGAAACGUUUGACAUCUUCCGACUUGUCCAGAUCCCACGUGCGCUCGGGUAUUUGAGCGAGGAUAUGUACCAGCAAUCGUUCCGCAUCCUCGAGUACUGGAAACCGCAACUGAAGAAGGUUCUUAAACGCCACAAGGUGUUCGCUUCGCCAAAUAGUACGGAAAGCACGAAGAUUGCGGGGGAGAAGAUCAAGUAUCCGAAGAUGAAGAGCUUGACGUCGCGUGUCAACCCGACAUUUGCAGUUGGCAAACGGUUACUGGUCAAGUUCUUCAGCCAGUAUAACGAAAAUUGGGGCGAGUUCGACUUUGAGGCGUACAUGGCUCCAAACUACGAUUCGACCGACACCGAGCAAGCAUCGCCAUCAAAGCGUCGUAAGAAGAGCGUUUUACAGCCGUACGAGCUGAAAAAUGCCAUGUCAUUGCGAUCUGCAAUGGAGGAUUGUUUCAGCAUCGAGAGGACUGUAUACUGCAUGAUUGAGAAGGCGGCAAGUUCUAGUCCCGUGCAUCAGCCAAUUCAAGCGAUGGUCCCUCGGUUGUAUCACUCUGGACACCUUCUCUAUGUGGACGAAGUGGACGAUGAAGAAGGCGAAGGUCCAAUGUGGCGAUGGCCAUACGUUGUUAUUGAGUACAAGAGCGGCGGCAUUGGUCUUGAUUCCAUCACGAAGAAGGGUGGCGCUACUGCUACGAGCUGGAAGAAAGUGGCUGCGUGGAUCAGUCAGGAAUUUUUGCCGAAGCUGCAUUCCAUUCCGAUCGAUCCCGAAUUUCGGGGGGUGUAUGGCCACAGCAAAGCUGAGUGGGACUGGUACAUUCACUACAUGCUUCGCCAGAGGAAGCGUGCCAUCUCAUUCCACCUAAUCGAAAGUGACCUGCCGGCACAUUUAAUGAAGCUUCUCGAGAACUUUCUCCCGGGUGCGAAUAGCGACACUAUCGCUGCUGAGCUGCUGCCAGUGAAGUUGUCGGAGACAAAUCCUGUGCUGCUCCACGGAGACUUGACGGACGAGAAUAUUCUUGGGACUGAAGUCGACGUGGAGACGAAUGGUGUUGCCAUGUCGUCUGAGGCAACGAACUUGACGCUGUAUCUGAAGUCAAUUGGGUGCGAAAAGUACAUCCCGCUUCUUGUGGAGCAGGAGGAGCUAACACUCGAGUUGUUGGGCCACCUGGACGAAUCGAACUUGAAAGACUUGGGUAUCCCACUCGGGCCUCGUCUCGCAAUCUUAAAGGGAAGGCAGUCCUCGACUCACGCUCGCAUCGUCGACAGCGAAGAUGGAGGGAGCGAUGGUCGCUUUGAUUCCGAGGAAGACUGGGAGACCAGUAGCAGUAGUAGCAGCAGCUCUGAAGAAGAAGAAGGGGACUUCACCACACCUGCGGGCUUGGCAUCAAUCGAAGCGAAGCGCAAGGAGAGGUUCAUCGGUCCGCAUGAGUGGACUCCGACGUCUGUGAUCGACUUUGCGGACGCCAAAACUGGCGAUCCAUUGUACGAUCUUGUCGCUGUUUUCUUUGCGGCCUUGCACUGUGACCGCGAGCUCUGGAAGGAGACAUUAGCGUCAGACUACUGGCAAGAGUACAUUCAUCGUGAGAAGGCGCACAGCGCGCCUGAGCGACGUUGCCUUCGGGAGCGGUUUCUGCAGUUGGUGCUGUUGCACCCGAGCCGCUCCGUCAAAGGGAUGUUCCACUACUUCCCCCAGGCAACGAAUUUCAGGACUUGGGAAGAACUCGCUCGUGGCAUCUUCAACGACGUGUUUUAGGCGGAAACACCACGACACUGGGUUGUGAUCGACGCGAAGUUUUGGCUGUGCAUUGCCGACUAACCAAAUACAAUUUUGUUGUUGUCGUAGUUC